AAAUCUCUGCCCCCACAAAAGCCUAACUCACUCAUCAGUCAUCAUUAAUCAAUGCUUCAACCACACUUCUGUAAGAAAAACCUCAACAAAAAAAAAAUCAUCUUAACUUCAUUUCUCUUUCCAAGUUUCAACAUUCCCCAGAGAAUGUAUAAAGACAGAACCUUUUAAUCAAAGCUUCUUGAGUUGAGUUUGAUCAGUUUCAAGAAAAGGAACCAAGAAGAAAUGAUGAUGAAGAAGAAGAAAGGCAACAACUUUAAGCUACUGAGUUUGUUUCUGUUUCUUGGUUUAUGCGUUGGAGACUACGGCAUUGGAGUCGGAAUCGGCGACGACGGAGUUUGGGUCGGCGGCGGCGGCGGCGGCGGAAACCCUAAUUCCGAUCCUGGCUCGGCUCCGAAGCAACAGACGAAUGCAGCUUACAGUGCUCUUCAAUCCUGGAAAUCCGCCAUUACAGAGGAUCCAUCUGGUGUUCUUAAGACAUGGGUCGGUGAAGAUGUCUGUUCUUACAAAGGGGUUUUCUGUUCUGGUUCGUCUGUCAUCGCCAUAGAUCUAAACAAAGCAAAUCUCAAAGGCACCAUUGUCAAAGACCUCUCUCUUCUCUCCGAUUUAACCAUUCUCCAUCUCAAUAGCAACAGAUUCUCCGGUCAAAUCCCAGAUUCUUUCAGAAACCUAGAUUCUCUUCAAGAACUCGAUCUCAGCAACAACAGAUUCUCAGGCUCUUUCCCUCAAGUCACAAUCUACAUCCCAAAUCUGGUUUACCUCGAUCUCCGGUUCAACAGUUUCACCGGUUCGAUUCCUGAAAACCUCUUCAACAAACAGUUAGACGCGAUUCUCCUCAACAACAACCAAUUCACCGGAGAAAUUCCCCGGAAUCUCGGAUACUCUUCGGCCUCGGUGAUUAAUCUCGCGAAUAACAGAUUAUCCGGCGAAAUCCCGACGAGUUUCGGCGUAACCGGAUCGAAAUUGAAGGAGGUUCUGUUCUUGAAUAACCAGUUAACCGGUUGCAUACCGGAAUCGGUUGGGUUGUUCUCCGACAUUGAAGUCUUCGAUGUUAGUUUCAAUUCGUUGAUGGGUCAUGUCCCCGAUACGAUCUCUUGCUUAUCGGAGAUCGAGGUUUUAAACCUCGCACACAACAAAUUCUCCGGCGAUCUUCCCGAUUUGGUCUGCUCUUUGAGGAAUCUGAUAAAUCUCACGGUUGCUUUCAAUUUCUUCUCCGGGUUUAGCUCCGAGUGUUCGAGAGGAAGCGUCGGGUUUGAUUUCACCGGAAAUUGUAUUCCCGGCAAGGGUUAUCAGCGUCCGCAGCCGGAUUGCUCGGCGAUUCCCGGCAGCGCGUUGAGCUGUCUCAGGAUUCCGGCGCAGCCGCUAACGUGCGCUGCGAUCGUGGGAUUGAAGGUGACUUCAUCUCCAUGAACAUAUAAAGUUCGAAGCUUUCAUUUUUUUUAUUUUGGUUGUUCUCUUUUGCAAGAUUUGUUCUUAUGCAAAAAUGCGCUUUGUGACUUUUAUUUUGAUAGAAAAUGCCAAAAAUGGGUUUGUCAGUUAAUUAGUAACCAACUGAUUUAGUAGAAUUGAUUACUAGAAGCUUAUUUCUGAUUUUCA